AUGCGUUUCAUUCCCGUUCUCGCAACUGCUUUGCUCGCCGCCAGUAAUGUGGGGGGAGCCUCACCCGCAGCUGCAGCUUCGGCUUCAACUGCAGCGGCAGUUCCAGCUGCCCAAAACAAUGUAGAAGCUGAAACUGCCUCUGCAAACACUGCUCAGCAGAAUGCAGCUCAGGCUGCCGCUACAACGCAGGCCGCUCCUACUGCCCAAGCGAACAGUCAGGAGCAGGAUACGGCCGCUGCUGCCAAUGCUGCAUCCGCCAAUACUGCGAAUGCCGCCACGGCAAAUGCCAAUACUGUAACUGUGAACACUGCUGCUGCGGCAAACACCGCUUCGGCAAACACUGCUGAGGCGAAUACGGCCCAGGCCAACACGGCAGGUGCAUCGACUGCCAGCUCCGAUAAUCUCCUCGGCGGUGCCACCGCUGCCUCAACUGCGAGCAGCACCAAGUCUACCGAUUCGACUGCCACCGACUCUGGUCUGUCUGGCAUUGAGUCAACACUUAGCAGUCUUCUUGGGGGCUCUUCUGGCUCCGGUCUCAGCGGUCUCGAGUCUAUUGGUACUGAUCUCGAGAGCCUGCUCAAGGGUAUCGCUGGUCUGCUGAACCCCAACCUGCUCAGUGAGAUUGAGAACACCUUCAAAUAUCUUUCCACUAGCUUGGCUCCUCCGGUCGAUAACAACAUCCGUGUUCUGCUCAGUGACGCCAAUACUGCUUCCAUUGGCAACCUGUUGACCAAUGCCAACAAGCUGUUGAGUGACCAGAACACCGCCACCCUGAGCAACAUCCUUUCCAAGGCCGAUAGCUUCCUAUCUGACAAGAACCUUAACGGCAUUGAGUCCUUGCUCAACAAUAUUGACAAGGUUAAUGAUCUGGUUGAGAAGGCCGACAGUCUGCUUUCCACCAAGAACGUUGACAAUAUUGAGACUCUCGUCGACAAUGGCGCUACCCUCUUGACUCCCGACUUCGUCAAGAAGACAUCCUCUUUGAUCGACUCUGCCGGCCAACUCUUGACCGCGAGCACCACCAACGCGCUCAAUGAGAUUCUCAACGCUGUUGUUCCUCUUCUUCCCGAGCUCAAGUCCUUCCUUACCAAAGACACUUUCACCGAGAUUUCGGGUCUGCUUCAGAACGGCAACGCUCUCCUCACGCCUUCAUUCGUGUCGAAGACCCAGUCGCUCAUCAAUUCGGCUGGUUCUUUGUUGACCGAGUCUACCGUGAACGCCCUGAAGUCACUCUUGGACGCUGUUGUACCGUUGAUGCCGGAGUUGAAGAGUCUCCUGACCAAAGCUACCAUCUCCGACAUCCAGACGCUUCUCACCAACGCCAACAACCUGCUCUCGACUUCGACUGUCAACGCGCUCAAGACUCUUCUCGAUGCUCUUGUUCCUUUGAUGCCCGAACUCAAGGGAUUCUUGACCAAGGAAACUUUCACCGAGCUUUCUGGCCUGCUUCAGAACGGCAACGCUCUCCUCACGCCAUCGUUCGUGACGAAGACCCAGUCUUUGAUCGACGCCGCGGGAUCACUAUUGACCAAGUCGACUGUCAACGCCCUGGAGACUCUUCUGAACGCCAUUGUUCCUCUGAUGCCAGAGCUGAAGUCUUUGCUGACCAAGGCUACUAUUACCGACAUCCAGACGCUUCUCACGAACGCCAACUCUCUGUUGUCGACCUCGACCGUGAAUGCGCUCAAGCAGCUUCUGAACGCAAUUGUGCCUCUGAUGCCCGAGCUGAAGACUUUGCUGACCAAGGCUACUAUUACCGACAUCCAGACGCUUCUCACAAACGCCAACUCUCUGUUGUCGACCUCGACGGUCAACGCGCUCAAGCAGCUUCUGAACGCAAUCGUUCCUCUGAUGCCCGAGCUGAAGACUUUGCUGACCAAGGCUACUAUUACCGACAUCCAGACGCUUCUCACAAACGCCAACUCAUUGUUGUCCACCUCGACGGUCAACGCGCUCAAGACUCUUCUGGAUGCUAUCGUUCCUCUAACGCCCGAGCUCCAGGGCUUCUUGACCAACGAGACCUUCACGGAGCUUUCUGGUCUGCUGUCUCACGGCAACGAUUUGCUCACCGACUCUUUCGUCAGCGAGACAAAGGGUCUUAUUUCUGGCGCUUCAUCUCUGCUCACCACAUCCACUGUCGACAGCCUCAAGAAGCUGCUCACGGCUCUCACUCCUCUUAUGCCCGAGCUGACCGCUUUCUUGAAGCCUGCGACCUUCGACGAGCUCGAGACUCUCCUGUCAUCGGGCUCUAUGCUAUUGACACCCGAGUUCGCGAACCAGACUAAGAGCCUCGUCAACAACGCAGACGAGCUGCUGACACCCGACCUCGUCAAGGGUCUCAAGACCAUCUUGAACCAGGUCACCCCUCUGCUCCCCGAGAUCAAGAAGCUGCUCACCCCCGCCACCAUCGACGGCAUCAGUUCUCUUCUCUCGAAUGCGAACGACCUGCUCACUCCCAGCUUUGUCAACGAGACCCGCUCCCUCAUCGAUGGCGCCGGCGAUCUCCUUACCCCUUACGUCAUCGGGGGUCUUGCGGAGCUUCUCACCGGCCUCGUUCCCGUCGUCCCCGACAUCAAGAGCGAGUUCCUCAACACUACCACCCUUCACAACUUGGGAUACCUUCUGGGCAACGGCACAGACCUUCUCACACCCAAAUUCGUCGAAGAGACGAGCGAUCUCGUGGAUGGCGCCGGCCACCUCCUUACUCCUUAUGUCCUUGGCGGUCUUGAGGAGCUUCUCACUGGCCUCGUCCCCGUCGUCCCCGACAUCAAGAGCGAAUUCCUCAACGCCACAACUCUUCACAACUUGGGUUACCUCUUGGGCAACGGCACAAGCCUCCUCACACCCAAAUUCGUCGAAGAGACAAGCAGCCUCGUCGACGAGGCCGGCUCUCUCCUCGACGAACAGACAGUCGACUACCUCAAGAAGAUCCUCAGCAACGUCAACAAAUCGAUGCCACAGAUCGAGACUCUGUUGGAGCCAGAUUCGAUCAACGGCAUCGUGUCGUUGUUGCAUAAUGCCGAGGAUCUUCUCUCGGCUAAGUUCGUCAAUCAGACGCAGACUCUUAUUGGAGAUGUCUCGGGUUUCCUACCUCUGAUCGAAGGUCUGCUAAAGUCCCUGUAA